CAAACAACAAACUUUGUACAUUACCCUUCUUUACUUACUCCUUUUUUUCUCUUUGCUUAUCUCUCUCUCUCUCUCUCUUACAUUUGUUAGUGUAUUGUGUCUUUCCAUUUUAGCUCCAAAUAGUCCUUUUGCAACCAAAAUCUUUUCUAUAUUUGGGAUUGAUCUAAAGAGAUGGUGAGAGGUAAAACACAGAUGAGGCGUAUAGAGAACGCCACAAGCAGACAAGUUACUUUCUCAAAGAGAAGAAAUGGUUUGCUAAAAAAAGCUUUUGAGCUUUCUGUUUUAUGUGAUGCUGAAGUUGGAUUGAUUAUCUUUUCUCCAAGAGGAAAACUAUAUGAAUUUGCUAGCUCAAGCAUACCUGAGGUAAUUGAACGAUAUAAGAGGCAUACUAAAGAUAAAGUUCAACCUGAUGAGAGCCAAUCUGUGGAUAUUCAGCAUACUAAGCAAGAGACAGCAAGUUUGAUGAAGAAGAUAGAACUCCUUGAAUCAUCUAAAAGGAAACUCUUGGGAGAAGGUUUAGGAUCAUGCAGCCUUGAAGAAGUUCAACAAUUAGAGAAGCAAUUGGAGCAGAGUGUCACUACUAUUAGGGCUCGAAAGAUGCAAGUCUUUAGGGAACAAAUGGAGAGAUUGAAAGAAAGGGAGAGAGCCCUUACAGCUGAAAAUAUGAUGCUGAGGGAACUAAAGUUUGGAGGAGAUGAAGAGAGACGAAAAUCAAGUGGAGUAAUUUGUAUAGAAGGUGGUAGUACUGGUAGCGAAAAAUCAGAUGUUGAGACUGAAUUGUUUAUCGGACAACCUCAUUAUCAUGACUCCAGAAUAAGGCGUCCUGAAUGGUCUUGAGUGGUCCAAUAUAGGACCACUCAAGACCGUAGAAUUGCUCUCAAGUGCCCUUAUUUUGUACUUUGUAUAAAUUUUGACUGAUUAUCAAGUAUAAACUAACUAGUAAUCUCAGCUGCUAAAUUAUUUUGGAGAUGUAUGAGUGGGUUUAAUUUCUCUCUUAAUUAAUUAAUUAAGAUGGAGUUUAACUUUAAGCCCUU